AGUUCAGUUGGUUACAGUCCAGUUUAUAUCUGUUAUCAUAAUUCAAUAUUUCAAUCCAUAUAAAUAUUCACCUAUCUGAUGUACCGAGAAGGACAAAUUCGCCUCUAAAGAAAUUGGACCAUCUAAUUUCACAAAAAGAUAGUUAAGCAAAGGAAUUUUUAUUCUAAAAGAUAAAUUAUGGCUGUCCCUGGUAAAAAAGUACCAAAGAACUUAUCUUCAUCCCUGUCUCAAGGUUCUGGAGAGGAUUUUGAAGUUUUCUGCCAGCCAUGUGACAGAGAUGACCUCAGACUACCUGCCACUGGGUACUGUGUAGAUUGUGAAGAGCACCUGUGUGACUCAUGCUUUAACACCCACAGGAGACCAAAACCACUUCGACAUCAUAAACUCCUAGAUAAAGACAACAUGCCACAGACACAAAAUCUUUCUACAAUGUCUAGUUCUACACAUGUUGGCCAGCCAGAUGAACUUAAAACUCCUUGCUCUAAACACACCAAAGAAAUGAUCAAGUUCUACUGCCAUGACCAUAAAGCAAUUCUAUGCAGUGUAUGUGUGACCCUUGACCAUCCCCGUACAUCCUGCCAAGUUGACUACAUACCUGAUAUAUCAGGACACUUCAUUAACAGCACUGAGUUCAAAGGUACUCUUAAAGAGCAUGACAAAAUAAUUGAGAAAUGUCAGAAGAUUACAGCAGGUCUGAGACAAAUGGUUGCAAAAUCAAACACUUCUCUGACAGAUGUUCUCAAAGAAAUAACAAAGUUUCGAGAAGAGAUCAACCGAAGAUUAGAUGAACUUGAAAAGGAAGCUUCAGAUGCAGCUAAUAUUCUAAAACAAGAGAAUGAAACAAGGUUGAAGACUACAGCAGAAACAUGUGAUAGUCUGAUAAAAUCUCUGAAAGCAUCAUCUGAUAUGAUCAAACAACUCAACACAACAAAGAAAGCAGACAGACUUUUCACCGAGCUUAAAAAUGCUGAGCAACUAAUCCGAGAUAGUGAAAAGAAAAUGAUGCAUGUAAAAUCCACUGGAGUUACAAAAGAAUAUACAUUUGAUCCAAGUCAAGCCAUUCAAACACUUCUUCAAAAUGAGAAGUCACUUGGUAAAUUAACAGCUAAAAUACUAGAACAGCCAUGUCCAGCUUUAAAAUCAAGGACAAUAUCACCUCAAAAAAACAUCGGUGUCAAGAUGUCAUCAGAUAAAAAUGACUGUUACAUAACGGGCAUUGCAGCUUCUUUCCCAAACCAAAUAUUUCUAGUAGAUUAUAACAAUCGCACAAUUAAAAUGGUAGACAUCAAUACUCAAGCUAUUCAACAACUGAGCCUAGAUUCAUAUCCCUGGGAUAUCACCACAACCACCAGAGAUAAACUUGCUGUAACAAUGCAAAGUCUCAGAACAAUACAGUUGAUAUCCUACUCCUCAAACAGACUUUCUAAGAAAAACACACUUAAUGUAGAUGGAGUGUGUUAUGGUAUCAGUUACUGUCAGGGAAAACUUGCAGUAACAUUUGUGAUUCCUGCAAAACUGCAAAUCAUGGACUUGAAAGGUACUGUACUAACAACAGUCAUAACAAACUCAAAUGGUGAAAAUAUUUUCAGAAGCCCAGAAUAUGUCACCACCAACAGCAAUGCUAUAUAUGUAUCUGACUAUGCAAUGCAUGCAGUUUUCUGGUUAAACUGGCAGGGAGAACUAAUGGGUAGUUAUGGAGGCAUGGGAUAUCCACAAGAUAUUGCCAUGUUAGAUGAUGGAUCAUUCUGUGUGAGUGAUGCCCAAACAGACAAAUGUAACAUACUCAAUGUAACUGGUGACUGUAAAAAGAGUACAACUGUACUGAAUGAGUUAGAUUAUCCUUGGUCAAUAUACCUGUGUGAAUCAAGCAGUACACUUUAUGUCAGAAACUUCAGUGAUAACGAACAGGACAGAAACUUCAUUCAAAUCUAUAAGCUAUCAUAACACAGAGAACAGAAAUGAUUUUGUUGACCAUAACAAACCAUUUAACAACAUCAAAAUUAUAUAAAACAUCAGCAAAAGUGAAGCUACUUAGAUUGAAUGUGAGACCUAUAAUAUGUAAACCAGAUAUUUAGAUUUCCUAAAAUGCCGUCUUGCAAGUGCAGGUUGGAAAUAUAACAACCUGCCAAGCGAUUUAAAUUGACAACAUCUAAUCAGUUUUUAUAGAUGAUUUCAAAAAUAUUCAAACAUUUUAAACAUAUUUUAUCAAAUAAUUAUUCAAAAAGUUACAAAAAAAAAUAAUCUGUAUAAAUCAAAUGUGGUUUGAUGGUCUUAGAGACUGAGUUGCAGUGGGGAAAUAUAGUAGUAAAUUGGUGGUAAAAGGAAAUAUUUUCACAAAAAGAACUUAAUGACCUUGUAUCAAAUGUGUUUUUGUUUCUCUCAAAUCAUAGCACUAACACAGAUAUUUUAGGGUCAAAGAGACAGACAGUUACUUUACAAAGGAUGUGAUCAACUCUGGUAGUAAUCUAAAGAUUUUGCUAGAUUGUCAGUGUGAUAGAGGGACAUAGAUCUAUCAAAUAAAUUAAAUUUGUUACAAAAAGUAAAAUCUCUGUUCAAUU